AUGCAACUGGGAGCUAUACCUUUGUUGGAUAUAGGCCUUUGUGACUAUCAGCAUGACUUGGGACAUGAUGCAGUGAUGUCACCAUGGCUUGAUAAGCUGUUUAUUAACCUUCAAUACUAUUUUCCCAAUAUGAAAAUGGAGAAUUUAAGUGAUACAUUCAUUCCGAAAUGGAAGGUUUCUUUGCUAAAACAAGAAAAGAACAAUUUUGAAGACAAUAUCAAUGAAGACAUCUAUUUCUCAAAAGGUCAAAAGAAUAAUUAUAUUGAAGCUAACCAACUACAAAUAAUGCAAAACAUGAGAACCACAGAUGAAAAUCAUUUUCAGGAUGUAAGGUUAUUAACAUUGAAAACAUGUGAUGAAUCAAAAUUAGACUACAAACCAGGUGAUGUUUUCAAUAUAAGACCAAGGAAUUCCAAGGAAGAUGCGCGUUUGCGCCGCGAAUACUUGUAUCGGAAAUCGGUUGAAGAUAAACAGAAAAGUAUACAAGCGAAAAAAGAUCAGCUUAAACGCAGCUUGGAAGAAAACAUUCCCAUUCACGGCGAUCUGAGAAAGGAAGCUCUUGCCUUACAGAAGAAAAUUGAAUUUGAAGAUAAAGGACCCGAAAGGGCGGCAGUGAUUGGAGGUUUUAGUGGAGGUGCAAACACUCUAAGUUCUCAAGAUGAUGAGUACAGAUACGCUGGUGUUGAGGAUCCGAAGAUUAUGAUCACGACAUCUAGGGAACCAAGUGCUCGAUUGAAGAUGUUCGUAAAAGAACUUAGGUUAAUAUUUCCAAACAGCCAGCGCAUGAACCGUGGUGGUUAUGAAAUGACCCAGCUGAUCCAUGCAUGCAGAGCAAAUGAUGUCACUGAUUUCAUUGUAGUCCAUGAACAUAGAGGUGUACCAGAUAGCUUGGUAAUCUGCCACCUGCCAUAUGGUCCAACGGCUUCAUUCACACUCUCCGGAGUUGUAAUGCGGCAUGAUAUACCCGAUAUAGGUCCUAUGAGUGAACAAUUUCCCCAUCUCAUAUUCCAUAACUUUAAGAGUGACUUGGGCUUGAGAACUAUGAAUAUUCUGAAAUAUCUCUUCCCUGUGCCCAAACCGGACUCGAAGCGAGUAAUUACAUUCGCUAACAAUGAUGACUACAUUUGCUUUAGGCAACACACAUACAAAAAGGCGGGCAAAGAGAUUGAGCUGACCGAGAUUGGGCCCCGUUUCCAAAUGAAGCUGUACGAGAUAAAGCUGGGCACCCUGGACGCCCUCGAGGCUGCAGACACGGAAUGGGCGCUCCGCCCCUACAUGAACACGGCCGCGAAGCGCCGAUUCCUCAGCGACGAGGACGGUUGGCAGGAGGAGCAA